ACCCCACCACAUUCCCUCAUUUAACCACUAUCAAUUCCCACCAUUUUCUCUGUCCUCUCAAACCCUCAAUCUUCAUCUUCAACCUUCUCAAACUUCAACAAUGUCGGGCCGAGGAAAGGGAGGCAAAGGGUUAGGAAAGGGCGGUGCAAAGCGUCACAGAAAGGUGCUUCGCGACAACAUUCAGGGUAUCACAAAGCCUGCCAUUCGUCGAUUGGCUCGAAGAGGUGGUGUGAAGCGUAUUAGUGGUCUUAUUUAUGAGGAAACUCGUGGUGUUCUUAAGAUCUUUCUAGAGAAUGUGAUUCGUGAUGCUGUUACUUACACUGAGCAUGCCAGGAGGAAGACUGUUACUGCUAUGGAUGUUGUUUAUGCUCUUAAGAGGCAGGGUCGUACUCUCUACGGUUUCGGCGGUUAGGGUUAGGGUUUAUGUUUUAGUUUGAUUGAUAAGAGUAUUGAAUGUUUAUGUAAAUUUCUGAUGUUGUGUUUUCAUUUUGAUGGAGAAAUGAAUGAAAUAGUGAUUUCCUCUGAAUUUGAAAUUGAGUUUUGCAAUGUU